GUCUGUGAGUCAGUAGUCCCGCUGCGCCUGCGCUCACCUCCACCGCUCUCCAAAAAACCGAAACGCGCCGCCGUCAAUGCGGGACAUGGCACACUGGCAGCAGUAGUGGGAGCUUCCGUCAAGCCUGCUUUAAGAAGAUUUAAAAAGGAGGAAGGAGGGUUAAGGCGGUGGGGGGGAAAGGGAGAGCUAAGAAGAGAAAUAAGAGACUCGUUUCUAGCCGCGCCGUGCGUCGAGAGGAGUGGAUGAGCCAAUGGCUGGGGCACAGCCGGGAGUUCAUGCGCUGCAGCUCAAGCCUGUGUCCGUGCCCGAGUGUUUGAGAUGGGGCAACAAAUUUAUGAAAUGGGAUGAUGAUUCUACCACUGUGACCCCUGUGACACUUACAGUUGACCCCAAAGGCUACUUCCUGUAUUGGACGGACCAGAACAAGGAAACAGAGCUGUUGGAUAUUUCGCACAUAAAAGAUGCCAGAAAUGGAAAGUGCACUAAAACGCCAAAGGACGCGAAGCUGCGCGAGCUGCUUGACGUCAGCACGCUGGUGGGGAAGCUGGAGAACAGGCUGGUGACGGUGGUGAGCGGCACGGACAUGGUCAACAUUGCCUACCUGAACUUCAUGGCCUUUCAGGAGGAGAUUGCGAAGGAAUGGGCAGAAGAACUGUUCAAGCUGGCAUCUAACCUCCUGGCACAGAACAUGUCCCGAGAGGCCUGCCUGGAGAAAGCAUACACUCGGCUGAAGCUGCAGCUCAAUCCUGAGGGACGAAUUCCUGUCAAGAAUAUCUUCAGGGUGUUCUCUGCAGACAGGAAGCGAGUGGAGACAGCGUUGGAAAACUGCAACCUCCCUUCUGGCAGAAAUGACUCCAUCCCGCAGGAGGACUUCACUCCAGAUGUGUACAACAUGUUUCUGAACAACAUCUGCCCUCGACCUGAGCUGGACCACAUCUUCUCUGACGUCGGGGCCAAAAGUCGACCGUACCUCACAGUGGAGCAGAUGACGGASUUCAUUAACAAUAAACAGCGGGACCCCCGUCUGAACGAGAUCCUCUACCCUCCCCUCAAACCAGAACAAGUUCAGCUGCUGGUGGACAAGUAUGAACCGAACUCUCUGCUGGCACAGAAAGGUCAGAUCUCAGUGGAUGGCUUCACCAGGUACCUGAACGGAGAAGAGAACAGCAUCAUCCCCCCYGAGAAGCUGGACCAGAGUGAAGACAUGACCUUUCCCCUCUCCCACUAUUUUAUCAAUUCCUCACACAACACAUACCUCACAGCGGGUCAGCUUGCAGGAAACUCUUCGGUUGAGAUGUACAAACAGGUCCUCUUGUCAGGGUGCCGCUGCAUUGAACUGGACUGCUGGAAGGGUCGCACCACAGAAGAAGAACCUGUCAUCACUCACGGCUUCACCAUGACGACGGAAAUCUCUUUUAAGGAGGUGAUCGAGGCUAUCGCAGACUGUGCCUUCAAGACCUCACCUUUCCCCAUCAUUCUGUCGUUUGAGAAUCACGUGGACUCACCGAAGCAGCAGGCUAAGAUGGCAGAGUACUGCCGGUCAAUAUUUGGAGAUGCGUUACUGACAGAACCACUGGAGAAAUAUCCUCUGGAGUCUGGCGUGCCCCUUCCCAGCCCGAUGGAGCUCAUGGGGAAGAUCUUGGUGAAGAACAAAAAAAAGCACCACAAGGCAGAAGGGAGCACGAAGAAGAAACUCUCGGAGCAGGUUUCAAACACCUACAGUGACUCUUCCAGCGUAUGUGAGCCCUCCUCCCCGAGCGCAGGUUCAACUAAAGAGGAGACUGCAGAUGCCUCACAGCCUUCCGAAGAUACUGAUCUCAACCUGAGACCACAUGGCAGAAAGUCUAUCGGUGAGGUGGAGGCCGAAAGUGAGGAUGAGGAUGACGACGAGGACGAUUGUAAAAAGGGCUCGAUGGAUGAGGGGACAGCAGGCAGCGAGGCGUGCGCCACCGAGGAAAUGUCCAACCUGGUCAUCUACAUCCAACCUGUCAAGUUUUACAGCUUUGAAGCUUCAAAAAAGACCGUCCGCAGCUACCAGAUGUCAUCCUUCGUCGAGACCAAAGCUUUGGAGCAGCUCACCAAAUCUCCUGUGGAGUUUGUGGAAUACAACAAGCUGCAGCUGAGCAGAAUCUACCCUAAAGGCACUCGAGUGGAUUCAUCCAACUACAACCCGCAGCUCUUCUGGAACGCCGGCUGUCAGCUGGUAGCGCUCAACUUCCAGACCAUCGAUCUGUCGAUGCAGCUGAACCUGGGCAUGUAUGAGUAYAAUGGGAAAUGUGGCUACAGACUGAAACCUGAGUUUAUGAGACGGCCUGAUAAGCACUUCGAUCCUUUCACUGAGAGCACAGUGGAUGGGAUCGUCGCCAACACAAUCUCUGUGAAGAUCAUCUCAGGCCAGUUUUUGACUGAUAAGAAAGUGGGCACGUAUGUGGAGAUUGACAUGUUUGGCCUCCCGGUGGACACCAAGAGGAAAGCCUUCAAGACCAAGACGUCUCAGGGUAACGCCAUCAACCCUGUCUGGGAGGAGGAGGCUAUUGUUUUCAAGAAGGUGGAGGCAGGAAGUGAUGCUCCCUCUGAAUCUAAAGUGGACUCGAGGGUAACGCUGCCUGCAGAGAACGGAGUGAACCACACAACCAUUAUUGCCCCAAAACCUCCUUCACUGGUCAGCCACCAGCCUCAGACUGCAGGUUCAUUGAAACCAUCAGUAAAGUCUGAAGACAUCAUACAUAGUGUUCUCACUGAACUGGAGGCUCAGACGGUGGAGGAGCUGAAGCAGCAGAAGGGAUUUGUUCGGGAGCAGCGAAAGCAGUACAAGGAGAUGAAGGAGCUGGUCAGGAGACACCACCGCAAAACCAGCGAGCUGAUCAAGGAGCAAACGGCCCGUGUGUCUGAGCUGCAGAGCCAGCACCAGCGGCGCCGCUCGGCCCUGCAGAAGAGCCACAAACGUGAUGGUAAGAAAAGCCGGUCGGACCACUCUCUAUCCACCCUGGACCAGGAGCUGUUGGAGCUGGACCAGGAGUGCAACCAGAAACUGUCGGAGCUGAAGGAGCAGCAGCAGCAGCAGCUCCUCUCACUCCGACAGGAACAAUACUACAGCGAAAAGUACCUCAAGCGAGAACACAUCAAGCAGCUGGUGGAGAAGCUGACGAGUAUAGCAGAGGAGUGUCAGAGUGCCCAGCUCAAAAAACUCAGAGACAUCUGUGAGAAAGAAAAGAAGGAUCUGAAGAAGAAGAUGGACAAGAAACGGCAAGAGAAGAUUAACGAAGCCAAAUCUAAGGACAAGAAUCUGACAGAAGAGGAGAAGCUGGAGAUCAACAAGUCUUUUGUCAAUGAGGUGGUGCAGUAUAUUAAAAGGUUGGAGGAUGCUCAGAGCAAAAGACAGGAGAGACUAACAGAGAAGCACAAGGACAUCCGGCAGCAGAUCUUGGACGAAAGGCCAAAGCUGCAGAGUGAUCUGGACCAAGAGUACCAAGACAAGUUCCGGCGGCUACCCGUGGAGAUCCAGGAGUUUGUUCAGGAGAGUGGCAAGGCCAAGCYCAGCGAAGACGACAUCCAUGGAAAUCUUGUUGCCUCGUCGACAGCAGAGAAGCURAACAACACGGCGUUGCAGUCUGAGGACGACAUGGAGGAGGCCUCUUCRGAGCAAGUAUUCGACACAGCCCUUUAGGGAUUUAACCCGUGCUUCACUCUGGGACACUGUUUGGUCGACGUGGUCCCGAACCACAGAUCAUGGACGAGACUGCUCCAUCUUUGGACCAAAUUGUAAGCAGUGGAAGGAUUAGAUCAAAUCUGAGCCUGAGCUGGUGAGUAGAGGUCCUCUCGGUGUAGAGUGCAGUCCUGUCCUGAGAACUGUUUUCUGUAAAUAGCACUUUUUGUGUAUUUGUAUGUUACGUGUACGUUGUCGUCUCUUUCAGUACAGCCACAGGGCGCGUUGUAGAACACCUAAUUGUUUGCAGGAAAUAACUUACUUGAACUAUUGCACAGAGAAAGUAGUUUUCUUUUUGUUGUUUUUAAUUYGACGGUUCGAAAAAUGUGGUGUGCCAAGGUUUUAACUGUCUUACAAGUGGGUUUUCAGUGGAGUCAUCUGGCACAGUAAAGGCACCYCCCCAGAUUUAGCCUUUAAAUCUUCUGUCAUUAUCAGAUUUAACUUCACUUUUACAUGUUUGCACUGAAAGCUCACUAUACAAAUGUGUAACUCUUUAACCGGAAAGCACCGGCGGCUUUUCUCACUCUUUAUUUUUACAGAGCUAAGCUGCUAUGAUUUUUUUUAAACCCAUCAUUUUAACGAAUAUUUGUUUAAUGUGAAAUUUGGGACAAUAUUGUGAAGCAGUCUUUUUACCGCUUUUGUGUACGCAUGUUUGUGUGUGAGAGAAAAUGUGUGUGUGUUUUGGCCAGUUUUAUUUUUUUAAGUUUGUAUUAUCUGUUGGCAACUCUGUCUCAAAAGGAGGAAAAGGGAAGUUUUUUCUGUUUUGUACUGUGUCUGCAUGAAUUUAAACAACUGUAAWUGUUACAAUAGCCCUGUGGCAGAGAUGUUUAUUAAUGUAAAUCUAUUUUCUCUGGAAAACUUUGAUUGAACUUGCUAAAUGAUUGGCUCUUUGAGGUUUUCUACAUCACUGUGAAAUAACUGACAACAUGACAACACACUGCUGUUUCAAGCGAACAGAUUACUUGUUGUAUUCUUUACCUUUUUGUCCCCRGUCAAAACAGGAUGUUUAAACACUACAGGAUCCUGUUUUAGUUCAUAGAAGUGGCCUUCCUUUAACAUGUUACUGAAUACACUGAGCGGAUCCCUCAGACAAWAYAGUCAUAAGGAAAUAGAGUCCACCSUUUUUCAAUUCUAGRCUUUUUUUGUAUCAAACCUAACAAAGAUUAUUUGAUCUUAACCAGGUUCUAAAAUUGUUCAAAAACACACAGAUUGCAUCGUGUCCACCAAGCCAUGUUGUAAUGUUCUUUUGAGGAAAAGCUCCCCUGCAACCCUUCCAAAUCAAGCGGUACUUCUUCAGUCUUUUUUUUUGAUUGUCUUGUCUUAAACUUUAACCUUACUUACUAAGAGUGAUAAAGACUGGAGAGUGCAGCAUACUCGAUCCAAAGUUGAAMAGUCAACUUUCAGUCACGUUGUUGCGAGAUGUACAGUUUGGCCUCAAAUUUGUCAGGGAUAGAGCGUACGGAUUCCUCUGUGCACAGCUUCUGUGCUCUUUCCAUCCACGAGUCUUUGSCCAUUUGACAAUCUUUAGAAGUGUCUAAAAGAGUCUAUAGAAGGAUGUACYUCCUGACUGCCUCAAACAACUGCUCCUCAACACUAUCCAUGUUGUUUCGGCGUACAGCGGYUGACUUGUGGAAGCAGAGUGAUUGAAGCAAACUGCCACCAUUGCUGUCUGAGUGCUUUUCCGCAUAAACAAACAUGCCCACAAACUUAAGACAAAAUCUCAYGAUACUUGGCGCAUUCAUCUGUGAGAAAAAGUUUGGCCUGAGCCUUGUGUCGAGAAGGGGCUCUGCGAUCAAAGUAACGCAUUUUUUGGCAUGCAGCUGUGUUUUACGCAGGACUGGAGCACUUAUGUGUUUUUUUGUUUUUUGUUUUUUUUUGGCAAUUUCUCUGAGCAUUGCACAGUCUGACCUUUGGAGUGUAGUUGCUUAAACAUCCACUACUACUUGUGUACAAUCUUUAGAUUAUUGUAGAACRAUGGACUCUAGGUUGUUUGGAAAUGACCUUAAACCCCUUCCCAGACUGGUGGUGAACAUCUACUUCUCUAAGCUUGUUGCUGAUGUCUUUCCACCUGCAUGCUCCAGAGCAGCAAACUGACAAAACUCCUGCUYAGUUAAUGAAGUGCAUUUGAUCAGCAGCACCUGAAAUACAUCUUAAAUCCUAAAGCAGCCGAGUGUGAACUUUCAUGAGCUUUCUGUUUUACCUUCAUUUGUAUUCAAGCAGUGACACAGUGGAAUCUGUUGUGUGGUUUUCUUAACUAGAGUUAAAUUUGGAUUGGACUAGAACUAACAUUUUAGUUACUAUGUUUUGACACGUUCAGCCCUGUUAUUGAAAGAAAGUGGACUUUCUUYGUCUCGUGACUUUAUGCCUCUCACUCAUUGUCCUUUUUAUAAUCACCCACUUUUUGUUGGGUUAUUAUUUUACCAGACUCAACGCUCAUUCUACAACUGAACUUCCUCAACUGUUUAAAACAUGAACUGUGACCACUCGGUAAUGAUAGGGAAGUAUUUCUGACUUCCCUUUUUCCCAGUGCCAUUCAGCGUCCUGAGUGUCUCAUGUGAUAUCAGAUCAUUUUUUURGCAGAUUGUCCUAAAAAUAAACAAAGUUAAAGUGAAGGAUUGCCUCACAUGUAAGUACGAACUUAAAGAAACCAUGUCGAUGUGAGAGUCCUGUGCCUUUUGAAUGGGUUUGUCAUGUUUGAUGUUGAAUGUGAGAAAAGCAACACUGUUUAUAUUAUGUGAAGCUGUCUGGUAUUGCAUAGACCGUGUGUGCACUUUUUAGUACAGUACCACUACUGAGUAAUGCUUGUGAAGAGCAGUAUUUGAUGAGUCUCAUACGAAAAGAGAGACUUUUUUCUUUCUUUUUUAUGCCUUGAACUACUUUAUUUAACAAAACCCCUCCACAUUAACUUAAAUGUAUGCACUCUGGAAAUGUACAUUUAUGUAUGACGUAAAGGAUAAAACCUGAAGUCAUGAAAAAAAAUAUAGUGUAAAGGGAACUUGCUUGUAAUUACAAAUAAAUGUGGCUAUUAUUGUACUUUG